AUGGAAGCAGGCUCCUCCAUCCCACCGUUGCAAUAUCUUGUUGCCUUCCUCCUCCCCGUGAUGCUAAUUGGAGUCUUCGUCGGCUCUCUGGUCAGUCCCCACAAUAUAUCAGCCGCAGCGCUGUUUCCUCAGCCAGCCAAUAAGCCUGUGCAUUCGUUCUUUUACCUGUUCGCGACUCGAGAACUGUGCCUAGGGGUUGCUCUGCUGACCCUGGAGGCAUACAACGAGUGGCGUGCGGUGACCGUCCUGAUGGCGUGUAUUGGUCUCAACGGCAUUGGUGACUUUCUGCUUGCGGGCGCUUCAGGCGGUGGUUGGUGGCCUUCAUUCACCACCCACGGUAUUCCUACUAUUGUUGGAUACUGGGCGGUUUGGAAGUUAUGGCAGGAGUACUGGUGA